AUGUCAAAUAAUUGUUGUCGACGAUGUCUUCGAGGUAUUUCACGUCGUAUUCCUUGUUUUGUUGCAUGGAGUUUAUUAAUUGUGUUAUCAACAAUUUAUUUUAUAUUUAUUUGUCCAUGGAUAACAAAUCAUUUAUGGAAAUAUAUUCCACUUAUUCAAGGUCUUAUUCUAUUAUUUGUUAUUGAAAAUUUUUUCUUAGCAACAUUUACGGAUCCUGGAAGAUAUAGUAGAGCUCCACCUGAUGAAAAUGAUGAUUCAGAAACAACAUUUCAUAAAACAGUUGAAAUUCAUGGAACACAAUGUCGAAUGAAAUGGUGUCAAACAUGUGGCUUUUAUCGUCCACCAAGAUGUUCUCAUUGUUCUGUAUGUGACUUUUGUAUUGAUACAUUUGAUCAUCAUUGUCCUUGGUUAAAUAAUUGUGUUGGUCGUCGAAAUUAUCGGUAUUUUAUAUGUUUUUUAUUAAGUGUAUUAUUUCAUAUGUAUGUGGUGAUAUCAUUUUGUAUAUAUUAUUUAUUAAAAAAUCAUGAAAAUCUUUCAAAUUUAAAUACAAUUAUAUCAAUAAUAUUAAUUAUAUUUAUUAUAUUAUUAACAAUUCCAAUUGGUGGUUUAACUGCUUUUCAUUUUAUGUUAAUUAUUAGAGGAAGAACAACUAAUGAACAAGUCACAGGAAAAUUUAAAUCAAAUAUUAAUCCAUUUGAUUAUGGAUGUUUAUAUAAUUGCUCAAAAAUAUUUUCAUCGUCAAAUUCACCAAAAUUAAUUCAUAAUAAAAAACCUUCAACUAAAAAAUCUUAUGAAGUUCAAAAAGUUAAAAAUAAAAAUGGAACAAAUAAAGUAAUUAAAUAA